AUGGCGAGGGAACGGUGGUACCACGGUCUUCAUAAAGGGUACGACAAAGACCAUCGUGCGCGGGACAUUGAGAAUAACGGGGAACUAACACCUAUGCGCAUGAGGGGUCAUAGUGCCCACGACUGGCCGUGCGACGAGCGGUAUGAGCCAUACUUCGAGAGAUUGGGCCUUCUCCCGUUCGUGCUUCAGUUCAAGCGACACGCUCCGUCGAUCGACCAUGGGGCGAUGACCGCACUUAUUGACCGUUGGAGGCCAGAGACACACUCGUUCCACUUGUCAUGUGGAGAGAUGACCGUGACCUUGGAGGACAUGGCGAUGAUCAGUGGCCUUCCAAUCAAUGGAGAAGCUUUGACCGGCACCACCGUAAGUGCUAAUUGGCGAGAUCGUGUUGGCCAAUUGACAGGUGUUUUCCCCGAGCCUCCUGAAGAAGGCGAGCGUGACAGUGAGAAAGUGUUGCAUCAUUGGCUCCGAGGGGAGAGAGGAGUAGUAUGCCCUCCGGACGCCAAUGAGGUUGUUGUGCAGCAGCACGCCCGAGCAUAUCUGUGGUAUCUGUUAACGAGGGUAGUGUUUCCAGAUUCUACCGGUAAUAAAGCCCAGUGGAUAUUCUUGGACCUACUAAGUGACUGGGACCGUAAGUACAGUUGGGGUUCAGGAGCACUAGCAUACUUAUAUCGUCAGCUCGACGAGGCAUGUCGUAGGAAGAAGGGCACAUCUGGUAUGGGUGGCUUUGUUUGGUGCCUUCAGGUUUGGAUGUGGGAGCGGAUGCCCGUUGGACGCCCCGAGAAAAACAAGACACCUCCUGAAGGAUGGGUCGCACAUGACGGGAGGUAUGGAGAAGAUCCUUGGCGGUUUCCGACCGUCGCCUACUGUUGGGAGAUGGCGAAUGUGUACACAGGCAGCUCGGUUGCGCGAUACAAAUGCUACAUCAACGAGCUGGAUAUGUUGACUCAUAAGCAGGUCGAUUGGAUGCCAUAUGAUGCCGAUUAUGCUUUCCGGCUGAACGAGAUGUGCACACGUGACAGGAAUAUUUGGCGGGCGAGAUGCCCACUGAUAUGCUUCUAUGCUGUCGAGUGGCACUACCCAGACCGUGUCGCAAGACAAUUUGGGAGAAGGCAAGGGACACCAAGGGAUGAGAGUUUCGAGACAAGCCAAUUUCUGCAUCGAAUUAGUCGAAAGAAUAACCCGGAAACUUCGACUUGGGCCAUCAAGCACUCCGAGUGGAUAGAUUUGUGGAAUCAAAGAGUGGCCCUAGUGGAGAAGGAAAGAAGACAACAUAGUGAUUCAGUAUACGAAGAGCAUCUGAAGUGGCUUGCGGGACGUUACCGGUUGAAGCUAAAGCCCGGUUGGAACCGUUCGGAAUUGGAAGAGUUGGAUCGUGAGAGCGGGUAUAUGGACUUCAAUAUAAUUUUCGUGAUCUUCAUUUUGGAGGGCAUGGAGUUAUUGCAUUGUGUUAACGAGGCUGGUGUAGCACUUGGUGAAGAUGAGGGAAGUGGAUCAUCUGAGAAAUCUCUUAGGAAAACAAUGAAGAGUUUCAUGAGUCGAUUCCACAAGAUGGCAGCUAUGCUCUCUUGCCAUGGAAGUAAAGCCGUCUUCACGGCUAGAGCUUCUACUAGCCGGGACAAUAGACGUCGUCGUCGUCUUGUCUUGCAACAGGAACAACAAGAGGAGCAACUGCAAGAAGAGCCAGAGCAAGAGGAGGCGCAACAAGAUGAAGAGGAGUACAAUCAAGACGAAGAGGAGGUGCUUGGGAUGUCCCAAAUGGAUGAUGCGCCUGAGCCAUCACAGCCCACACAACGCACGCCGCGCAGCAAAAGAGGAAGGAAGAAGUGA